AUGACGGCCGGCCUCAAAACAAUUAUCGCACUGUCGUUUGUCCUCGCCAUUGGCUUCCUACUCGUCAUUCUUUCCUCAGCUCUUUGGCACAACUUCUUACCGUUGAUUGUCGUUGCGACUUACGUUGUUGCUCCCUUACCCAACUGGAUCUGCUCACGAUGUGCGAACCCAGAUGAUUUUAUGGACAGCUCUGGAAAUGCUGCAGCUGAUUUUGGUCGUUUCUUAACGGGUUUCCUAGUUUUGAUGGGCAUCGCGCUCCCAGCUGUACUUGCGCAUAGCGGCGCAAUCCAGGUCCCGGCGAUGAUCAUGUCGAUUCUUGGCGGUCUUUUGAUUUAUGGAACAAUUAUUAGUUUCUCCAUGUUUUUCAAGGAGCAGGAGGAGUUUUGA